AGCGAUCCAGCGAUCACGUCGUGCCAGUCUCGAAUCGGGAUACCCGCGGAGGCGCUCUCCCUUCAGCAUUCGUGCAUUAUUCCUAAUCAUAUCGGAAACAAUCCUUAGACUAUUUCUCUCCGUCGGGACUUCGGAGUUCAUCGCUAGUCGUGCAGCCUCGAAGCCAUCUGUAUUCAUCUGUUUUUUUUAUUUGUCCUUCACCCCAUCUCUUCCGUCAAAUUUGCAUCUGUAAACCAAGCUCAAGCCCUAAAGCCGGCACCUUGUUAUAUCUAUGAGGUGUGGGCAGUCUCAAUCUCUCACAUUUUCGACGAUCCAAGCUAGAAGUUUUGACCCAUGGCAUCCACACCGGAGGCCGCGGACGCGGCUGACGCGGCCGAGGCGGUUCUGAGACUCGCGCGCGAGCUCGCUGCAAUGGGCGACGCAGUGGCGGCCGAAAGCGUCCGCCUUGUGCGCAAGGUGUCACUUCUUAUCCAUCUCCUUGAGGAGAUUCGGGGCUUUAUUGCGCGGAGCGGUGGGCAGUCGCCGGGGGUGUCGACUUCGUUGGCGGUGAACUCGUCCUGGUCGUGUUUGGCUGAUAUGGCACUUGCGCUUGAGGCGGUGAGGAGGUUCUUGUUGAUUGGCGGCCGGCAGAAUGCCGGCGAGAGUUCCAAUGCGGAUUCAGCGGCCAAGAACUUAGCGAUCCAGUAUCAGUAUGUGACAUGGCAGCUGGAGAAAGUCCUAGGGGACAUAUCUUAUGAGCAUUUUGAAAUAUCUGAUGAAGUUCAGGAGGAGGUUGAACUGGUGCGUGCUCAACUGAGAAGGGAGACCACGAAAGAUGGAGUAGCAAAUCUGAAUAUUUUUCAGGAAAUUUACAGUUUGCUCUCCCAUACACAUUCCGAAGAAUUUAAACGGCAAUGUUCAUUUAAGUUGGAAGAGUUGCAGGUUGAGUCCACUAGCAUUGUUUUUCAUGAACUCAGAGACAUAGUUACACUUCUUGCAGAAGUAAAUGGGAAAUCGAAUUGUGAUGCUGAGAGAAUGACUCUCAUUUUGAUGGAUAGGCUUAAAAAGACCAUUCAUACUGAUAUUUCUAAAAAUAAGAAAGCUGGAACUGGGUCAAGUAAAUUAGGAAUCUGCGCAGUAGAAGAUGAAAAACGUGAUUCUCUGGUGAUUCCAGAAGAUUUUCGAUGUCCAAUAUCCCUAGAACUGAUGAAAGAUCCUGUUAUUGUUUCAACAGGGCAGACUUAUGAGCGUUCUUUCAUUCAGAGAUGGAUAGAUUGUGGUAAUCGAACAUGUCCAAAGACUCAACAAAAGCUCCAAAACCUUACACUAACUCCUAACUAUGUGUUGAGAAGUUUGAUCAUACAGUGGUGUGAGACUAAUAGAAUUGAGCAGCCACACAGGUCGAACGGUGGACGUGUUAGAAGUGAUGGAACAUUUCACGAAAUAACUGGAGAUAAAUCCUUGAUUAAUUCUCUAGUUUCUAAACUUACUAGUAGGUCAACGGAGGAGCAAAGGUCAGCUGCUGCUGAAAUUAGAUUACUUGCAAAAAGAAGUACAGACAACCGGAUACUGAUAGCAGAAGCUGGAGCCAUCCCAGCUCUUGUUAGUCUCUUAUGGUUGGAUGACCAAAAGACGCAGGAGCAUGCGGUGACAUCUCUCCUAAACCUUUCUAUAUAUGAUCAUAACAAGGAACUAAUAAUGCUUGCUGGAGCAAUUGCUCCAAUUAUUCAAGUUCUUAGAAGUGGAAGCAUGGAAGCAAGAGAGAAUGCAGCCGCUACUAUUUUUAGUUUGUCACUAAUUGAUGAAAACAAAAUAACCAUUGGUGGGACAUCAGGAGCCAUUGAAGCACUUGUAGAAUUGCUUGAGAUUGGAAGCCCAAGGGGUAAGAAGGAUGCCGCAACUGCUCUGUUUAACUUGUGCAUUUAUCAAGGAAACAAAUCACGAGCUGUGAGAGCUGGGAUUCUAAGACCUUUAAUUAAGAUACUCAAGGAUUCCUUAACCUGUGGCAUGCUGGAUGAAGUACUGACUAUUUUGUCUGUUCUUGUAAGUCACCAGGAAGGCAAGGUAGCUAUAGCAAAAGCUAAUACAAUCCCACUUCUAAUAGACCUGUUAAGAACUGGACAGCCACGCAUCAGGGAGAAUGCAGCAGCAAUACUACUUGCUCUAUGUAAAAAGGACUCUGAGAACCUUGCUUAUAUAGGUAGGCUAGGCGCUGUUAUCCCUUUAACAGAGGUUGCAAAGACUGGAACUGAGAGGGCAAAGCGCAAGGCCAAUUCUCUUCUGGAGCACUUGAAAAAGCUACAGAUUCUCUGAAUGAAUUUUCCUCAUAGGUAACAUCCAAUAAACUCCUCCUGUGCAUAACUAAAUGGAACGAAAAGCUUAUGCGAAAAUGAAAUGCAACUUUGUGUGCUUUAGCAGUGGAGUUUAAGGUCAUAUGUACUGCUCUUUACUCAUUUAUUUCAUUCAACGAGAAAAUUGUGUGAGGCUCCCUUCUGUUGUGCAUGUUUUGCAUUUGUUGUAUUUUCAAUAUGCCUGUGAAAACAUUGUUUUCUCAUGAUCGACUCUGUUCGUCAGACUAGUUCUCAACUUGAGCCUGAAAUUUAAGCUAUACUGUUACUGCUCCUAACGAUUUGUUGUACAACUGCCUCUCAUUGUUGAGAUGAUUUGUGGCUUUUAUUUUAUGUUGAGCUCGAUGGAAACUCUUUCUUGUAACAUGAACAACUUAAAUUGUUCUAAUGAAAACUUUUUUUUUUUUCUGA